GAUUGUGCCAAUUUCGUUCUCAUGAAUUAUUUUCCUGGCUUGAUGUUAUCUGAGCUGAGGUACGAACUGUUGAAAUAUCCUUUCCGAUUUGCUUGUGAAGGCUACCAUGGCUAUGUAAGCAUGUGAUCGAUAUAAUUCUCUGAUCUGUCAGCGUUCGGCUUCUAUCGCCACGUCGACGCCUUGCGUAGAUUACCAAAUUUAUUUGAAUAGAAUGCCCUGCGCUAUUCUAGUAUCAACAUCUGAGCCCAGAUCUUUCAGCUGUCAGUCAGAAAUAAAUUGGAUCAUUUAAAUAAGCCAUGGCUUCAUUAGCUGCUUUUGUGAUGAGCUACUCAUCGGUACUGCGGAAGCGGCAGCUUGGGUUGCUCACGCCGUUUGCUGCACGCCAACGCUGCCAGUAUGUAGACUGGAUUCCCCUGCAGGAGAUUGCAACCGACGAGCUAUUGUAUGGUGGGCACAUGAUCAUGGGAUUUACUGCUGAUGGUAACUUCAUCAUGUCCUAUCAGAAGAUUGUCCAUGGUUAUGAGUCAGUGUACUCAUUGCAUUUCUGGCAAUUCGGAUUUUCGCAAGAAGCUGGUCAAGGUGCACUCGGUGCCUCUCUUUUCUUCAGUUCUGCUGAGAGAGUUCCUCAAGUUGAGAAUCUCCAUACAUCAGACAACCGAUGGCCUUAUUACUGUAGUGGGAAGUGCAAGUCGCUGUACAUCAGUGUUCUACGUACCCCUCCGCUAACGGGUAGUGCAUGCAAGCAGUGUUUUAUCAACCGCCGACGUGCCUGCGUCUGCCAUUCAUCUGUACUACACUUCACCUGCCAAACCCUGCCUCUGCGGCGCCCAUAACGAAGGAGGUCGUCGUUCCGUGUUCCAAUACGUUUGUAUUUCGCAGUGCCGUGUCAUUAGUUGCCAUACAAGUAACCAAUGCGUCGUCGUCAUCUUCUCCAGCAUGCCAGUACGGUAAACUAGACACUCCUGACACCAGUUCUAGGGACCAUUGCUGUGCAGGGCUGCUGAACAAACCCAAAGAUUCAGCUGCACAAUCCUCAUUAGAUAGAUCAACUACUAGCCAAAGGCCGUACUCUGCGUGUCCAGUCCCGCAUAUCUACUGCAAUGGGCCUGGCGUAGAGGCAGGCACAUCCUCGAGCUUGCUCUCCGGUCAAGUUCAUUGCUACGUUGGGAAUCCUGACGCCCUCGCAAACCAGCAGUGUGAAGGUGCUGACUAUGACACCCUGACUCUUCGAGUGUUGCAUUCCAAUGGCGUUCCACUUCUGCCUGCUGACGGAGCAGCAUCCAGUAGACUGGCCUUAAUGUGCCGUGAUUUUCUCCGAGUCGCGCAGCAUACUGUGGACCUGGAGGAGUACAUUCAGUACACAAUGGUGCACCAUCCGGACUUGCUGGAACGCUUUCGGGGAAUUUCUGACUAUUCACUCAGCAUGCAUGUCCUCGGUGAUGCCGUAAUCGGGAGUCUUGCUGUUGUUGUGGAACGGUGGGAUGAUGACGCCGUGGCAGCAGAAGAUUGUCCCCGUAUGAUUUUGAUUAUUGUCCAGGAAAUCCUGUCAGGACAAGGGCAAGUUCGAAGUAUGAAGGUUUAAUUGCUUUUGAAUGGGACACUCGUAAAGGCUGGUUGCGAACCCUCAGCGUAACGAUCUUUCCUAAUGACCACUGGCUGAAGGUGGCAGAUUCUGGCUCAGCUGAUCUGGGCAAGUUUUUCUCCUGCCGGAUGCUUGUUAGAAGUGAACUGUCACUGUGUGAGUUGAUAAAAGUUUCGAAACCGAUCGAGCCGCCUGCUAUGUCGAAUAAGAACUGGUUCCUACGAGGUGACUCUGUGACGCAUUUCAAGCACCCAUCACUACCCGUGUAUGUGUUCCUGAAGAAGUGAUACUUUUCCCCCUUGCAAGUAAGAAGAGCGAAUCCGCAUUACUCUGUAGAUGCUGUCAUCUUGCGUUGAAUUAUAAUCCUCGCGCUUUCCGACUCCGCACUAAAUUAUGCUCCAUCGUUAUUCAUCACACAACCGAUCAGUACAGCAAUGCUUCAUCGUGUUGCUUUAUAAUUUCAUCAUCGACAUAGGCUUCAAUAUUAUUAUUAAUCAAAAAAGUUGCUUGAUUUUAAUGUCUCGAGUCAGCUAAAAAUAGAUUGGCUGUGUGGAGGUGGCAUGCAACUUAGACUUUUCAUGCUAGGAUUCAUCUUGAUAUUCUGAUCCAUAUCCGUAGUUUUCUUCUGCUGUAUAACACGCAGCUGGGUUAUUUUUAAGUGUAUCCCCUGUUUCUACAGGCCAGUGCACGCACCCCCAUUAGGAUACUACUAGUACUUCUUUUGUUGAAGUAUGUUAUUUUUGAUUGCGGCGAUUUCAGUGAUUCUGUUGGCCGCACGUGCCUGCAAACACACGGCCGCGGAUGGUAUGUCGUUAGUGCUUGAUCUAUGUCAUAUUCGAACAGCACCUAUGGCAGAGGCUAGACCGUGUGUCUAGUGAGUAACGUUUACGUUCUUGUGCCCUGA